UCUAUUUCCACAGAAAGAGAAAAACUCAAAAUUUUUAUCACAAAGCUCUGUCGAGUGGAAAGAUACCCACAAUCCUACGCUUUCCAACUUCCAUUAUGUUUCCAAUUUCAACGGAAAGCAGCUUUUAAGGAGAUUCGUUGUAUAAAAGUACAUUGACCGUGAACCCAUCAAUGAUCAACCAUUCAACCCCUUUACCGAGAAAAGAAACGAGAGAAAGAACCCUAAUCUUAUAAGAAAAACACUGGAGAAGGUGGAAGACUGGAAGAGAGGUUUUUGUUUUAAACAAGGAAAGAAAAGGGGGGAAAGAAUAGACCGAGGUGGGGGUCACAAAAACACGUUUUGUUCAGGCAAUCCAUGUGCCCACAUGGAUGAUAGGGAGAGAGGAGAGAAAAGAGGAGUGAAACAGUGGAACAGAGAGAAAUAAAGAGAGGAGGACUAAAACCCACCGUCCCUCUUUCUCAAAUCUCAAAUUUUUUUUGGCAACUACAGGUCUACAGCAACAGCAAUAAUAACAGAGAUAGAUAUAGUUAAAGAAGGACUGAUUUUAUUAUUUUGAUUGAUUAGGAGUAGAGUAACUAUACACAGAGAGAGAAAAACAUGAAGGAGAGCAGUGAUGGGUUUGUUAGGGCAGAUCAAAUUGAUCUGAAGAGACUGGACGAACAGCUCGAGAGGCAUCUCAGUCGAGCUGCUCGAGCAUGGACCGCGGACAAGAAGAAGGACGAAGGGCAGAAGGAGCGGGUCACCAGGGAAGAGUGGGAGAUCGAUCCUUGCAAACUUAUAAUAAAGACUGCUAUUGCUCGUGGUUCUUUCGGCACCGUUCACAGAGGGGUUUAUGAUGGCCAGGACGUCGCAGUUAAACUACUUGACUGGGGAGAAGAGGGCCACAGAACAGAAGCUGAAAUUGCCUCACUAAGAGCAGCAUUUACCCAGGAAGUUGCUGUCUGGCAUAAGCUUGAUCACCCUAAUGUAACUAAGUUUAUUGGAGCUACAAUGGGGACAUCAGAACUUAAUAUACAAACAGAUAAUGGUCAAAUUGGCAUGUCGAGUAAUGUUUGCUGUGUUGUUGUUGAAUAUCUUCCGGGAGGUGCAUUGAAAUCUUACCUUAUAAAAAACCGGAGAAAGAAGCUAGCUUUUAAAGUUGUUGUCCAAUUGGCCCUGGAUCUCGCACGAGGGUUAAGUUACCUUCAUUCCAAGAAGAUUGUUCACAGAGAUGUGAAGACAGAGAACAUGCUUCUAGAUAAGACACGAACUGUAAAAAUAGCUGACUUUGGAGUUGCUCGUGUUGAGGCUCAAAACCCUAAUGAUAUGACGGGUGAGACAGGGACCCUUGGUUACAUGGCUCCUGAGGUCCUCAAUGGCAAUCCAUACAACAGGAAAUGUGAUGUGUACAGUUUUGGUAUCUGCUUGUGGGAAAUAUAUUGCUGUGACAUGCCAUAUCCCGACCUUAGCUUCUCGGAAGUGACAUCUGCUGUUGUCCGCCAGAAUCUGAGGCCAGAGAUCCCCCGCUGUUGCCCAAGUUCUCUAGCCAAUGUAAUGAAGCGAUGCUGGGAUGCAAGCCCUGACAAGCGGCCAGAAAUGGAUGAAGUGGUGACCAUGUUGGAGGCUAUCGACACAUCAAAAGGUGGAGGUAUGAUCCCUCUUGAUCAACCUCAAGGUUGUCUGUGUUUCCGCAAGUAUAGGGGACCUUGAAAAAACUACUCCCCUUAGAGCAGAGAAACAAAUAAAACUAGGAGAUGCAUUGCACUAUGAAUAUUAUAUUUGCAUUCAAGAUCAGAAAGAUGAGAGUUCACAGCUGGAAAAAACCACGAUGAUAUUACUGGCUGAGAAGCUCUGCAGCAUCACAUCUGACGGGAAGAUGAUGUAAAGCUUUUCCUUCAUUUACCCCUUUUUGCCUGUUCUUAUUAUUAAAUUGUGUAUUUGAUUUACCCUAUCCAAUUCUAGGUGGACUAGCUAUCCCACUCCCACCUGUUAUAUUAAAGACCAGCUUCUAUUUUUCAAUUAUUAAUGAUUUAAUUUUUAAGGUCCGACCACCAUUUUGUAAUUUACAA